AUGAGUGUUUCAAAGAAGGGCUCCUCAGUCGCACCGGAUAACUCGUCGGAGACACAUUUCUCAUCCACGGGGCUGGUAAAGGAGAACAUGCCGAUCCUGACAGAUAAUCCCAAGACCACGAGUGUGCCCGUAACGCAGCACUUGUCCAAGUUGAAAGUGCAUAAAUCAUCCAAGAGCGGGAAUAAAGCCAAAAAUGUGCCCUCACUCAACCCUCCCGAGGACGUGUCCAGUGAGCCAACCAAUCCCGGGGACGUGACCUUACCUCAGACGUUUGCCGUGAAAGGAUUGGGCAAGCGAUCCACCGGUGGACUUUGGGGCAUCAAGAACACGAGAAAACCCGUUGACGAUAUGGUUAUGGAAGCCAGAGCAGGAAGGUCUAAACCUUCAUUGCCUUUCCUCUUAAUGCACGUGUCAGACGAAGGUGUGCGAAUCGAAGGAUUGGCUCAAAAUAAAAACGUUAAUUUCGAGGAGGGACCUUUCCCGAUUGAUUGCAUCUCCUACGGUGUACAAGACCUGGUUUAUACGCGUGUCUUUGCCAUGAUAGUGGUUAAAGAACAGAGCUCUGAUUCCAUUCCAAGCCGAGGAACAAUUGCGACGACCUCAGAUCGCCACCAGCCUUUUGAAUGUUAUGGUUAUGUGUGUGAUUCCAGAUUGAAUGCCCGUCGCCUGACUUUCGCCUUGGCCAAGGCAUUCCAGGAAUUCUCCAAGACCGCUAAGAGCAAGGAGAAACGAGGCCAAUUUGCCAUUGAUCUUCGAACACCCGAGCAAAUGGAGAUCGACCUUCAAGAGGAAGAGACAGAGGCCUAGCCAUUUCUAUUUAGUUCAUACAAUAUAUCUUAAAACCAUCCUUUCUAACGUGCAAUAAGUAAUAAAGGAGCAAAGUCACACAGUG